CAAGUACAAUUACAUAAAUCGAGGUACCCAUUCUAUGACAACUAUGAACUUUCCAUCUAUUUUGGUGCCUUUAGUAGGCCUAGUAUUUCCGGCAAUUGCAAUAGCUUCUUUAUUUCUUUAUGUUCAAAAAAAUAAGAUUGUUUAGAUCUUCUUCUUUUUCAAGACUUAGACUUGAAUCAUAACACAGAUAUCUAUUUAGCGAGAUGGUAUGCCACACGAUUUCUUCCAAACAUAAAUGAAAGAGCCCUUAUGUAUGUGGAAAGAGGACUGCAUAGGGGUCGAUGUUAUUAUUUUGAUCUAACUAAAAAUGAAAAUAGAAAUAAAUAUUUAGAUAUUUAAAUAAAAGUAAAAGUGAAACACAUCCGACAUCAGAAUAGGACUAGUUGAUGAGAGUUACAUCGGAAACAAGACAGAGUAAGGAAAGUACAAUUCAUUUUGGGUAUUCUUUCAAUUCAAUUAAAUGCAAUCAGAUCUAGUAUGAAUUGGCGAUCAGAACGUAUAUGGGUAGAACUUAUAACGGGAUCUCGAAAAAUAAGUAAUUUCUGCUGGGCCUUUAUCCUUUUUUUAGGUUCAUUAGGAUUCUUAUUGGUUGGAAUUUCCAGCUAUCUUGGUAGAAAUUUGAUAUCUUUAUUUCCCUCCCAGCAAAUUCUUUUUUUUCCACAAGGAAUCGUGAUGUCUUUCUAUGGGAUCGCGGGCCUCUUUAUUAGCUCCUAUUUAUGGUGUGCAAUUUCGUGGAAUGUAGGUAGUGGUUAUGAUCGAUUCGAUAGAAAAGAAGGAAUAGUCUGUAUUUUUCGUUGGGGAUUCCCUGGAAAAAACCGUCGCAUCUUCUUCCGAUUUCUUAUAAACGAUAUUCAGUCUAUUAGAAUAGAACUUAAAGAGGGUAUUUAUACUCGUCGUGUCCUUUAUUUGGAAACCAGAGGCCAGGGAGCCAUUCCUUUGACUCGUACUGAUGAGAAUUUGACUCCACGAGAAAUUGAACAAAAAGCUGCUGAAUUGGCCUAUUUCUUGCGUGUACCAAUUGAAGUAUUUUGAAAAAUAAAGUGACUCUGCCGUGUAUUCAUCGAAAGGAAGGAAUUUAUUUGCUUCGACUUGGAUCAAUUGCAAUAUCCGGAAACACUCUUUUUUUUAUCAUUUCUUCAUUAAAUUCAAAGUGGACUUUUUGUCUAUUUCUGUAUUCUUUCAAGAUUCAAGGACUAAUUAUUAAAUCACAAAAAAACAAACAAUAGAUUCAUGGAUUCUAUACAUUGGAAUAGAAUUCAUGUUUGAUAGAAAUAUUAGAUCGCAUAAAGUUGACGAACGCGACGGGUUCAUUAACAAUUUAUAGAUGAAAAAAAAAAAAUGGAAAAAAAGAAAGCAUUUAUUUCUUUUCUAUAUCUUGUAUCUAUAGUAUUCUUACCCUGGUGGAUCUCUCUAUCAUUUCAAAAAAGUCUGGAAUCUUGGGUUACUAAUUGGUGGAAUACUAAACAAUCUGAAACUUUUUUGAAUGCUAUUCAAGAAAAAAAUCUUAUAGAAAAAUUCAUCGAAUUAGAGGAGCUCCGCUUGUUGGACGAAAUGAUAAAGGAAUAUCCGGAAACACAUCUACAAAAGCUUCGUAUAGGAAUCCACAAUGAAACGAUUCAAUUGAUCAAGAUGCAUAAUGAGGAUUGUAUCCAUAUUAUUUUGCACUUCUCGACAAAUUUAAUCUGUUUCCUUAUUCUAAGCGGUUAUUCUAUUCUGGCAAAUAAAGAACUUAUUCUUCUUAACUCUUGGGUUCAGGAAUUCCUAUAUAACUUAAGUGACACAAUAAAAGCUUUUUCUAUUCUUUUAUUAACUGAUUUAUGUAUCGGAUUUCACUCGCCCCAUGGUUGGGAACUAAUGAUUGGCUCUAUCUACAAAGAUUUUGGAUUUGCCCAUAACGAUCAAAUUAUAUCUGGUCUUGUUUCCACUUUUCCAGUCAUUCUAGAUACAAUCUUGAAAUAUUGGAUUUUCCGUUAUUUAAAUCGUGUAUCCCCAUCACUUGUAGUGAUUUAUCAUUCAAUGAAUGACUGAAAAGAAUAAAAAAGGGUAUACGAAUCUAAAUCCAAUUCGAAUUAAGAAUUCGAAUGUUUGUUACUUUGUACAUAACCAAA